AUGGCAGACGAGCAAAAGACCGACCCCACUACCUCUGCCCCUCCAGAGGCCGUGACUGAGGAGAAGAAAGAAGAGACCACCGCAACCGAAAAGACAUGCGAGGACGAGUCGAAGAAGACUGAGGCAGAGGACGAGAAGUCGGAUAAGCCGGCCGCUGCAGAGGAAAGCAAACCUGCCACGACUGACUCCGUCUUCUCCAUGUUUGGCGGCGGCCCACCAAAGGAGAAAAAGGAGCAGGAAGACGACGCUGACGAGCCAUCUGGUUCCUCCAAGAAGAAGGCCGAGGGCGAUGAUGAGGACCCCGAGGCUGAGCCCGACGUACACUUCGAGCCAGUCAUCCGCCUGACUGAGAAGGUCGAGAUCAAGACCAACGAAGAGCUGGAGGAGCAGACCUUCAAGAUGCGCGCCAAACUUUUCAGAUUUGACCGGGAGUCCAAAGAGUGGAAGGAGCGUGGAACCGGUGACAUCAAGCUGUUGAAGCACAAGGAGAACCACAAGACCCGACUGCUCAUGCGAAGAGACAAGACUCUCAAGGUCUGCGCCAACCACUACGUCGUGCCUGACAUGAAGCUGUCGCCAAACGUUGGCAGUGAUCGAAGUUGGGUGUGGAACGCUGCUGCAGAUGUCAGCGAGGGCGAGCCAGAGGCCCAGACCCUGGCUAUUCGCUUUGCCAACAGCGAGAAUGCCGCUCUCUUCAAAGAAGCUUUUGAGAAGGCGCAGGAAGAGAACGCCCUGCUCUUCGGCAAGGACUAA